UUUUUCAGCUCGAUCGAGAGAUCGCUCCGCCAACGGAACUUGCUCAGUUGAAAUGCGAACUUGGCGAGCUCAAGACACGACCGUCGGCUAAUGAAAAAGCAAACUCUCAGCUACAACUACUACGACUCUGUAUGAUAUGGUAACCAUAAUAAUAACCCGGCGUAAUCAAAUUAACACCCACGCACAUGAGACAGACCUUUGAGCUGUGAUUUGCAUAAUUGACGCUAAUCGGCGGUGUCUCGUGCUCGACUAAAAAAGUAAACCCGGACCCAAACACCGACCCGAUUCCGCCAUAUGUUGUGACAGUGCUUUGUAUGUGAGACAAUUUAGUGCAAGUGACAAACGACAAAUAAAGGAGGUUUUUUGGAGUUUAUUUUUGGAGACACCCUCAUCAUGAUCACCAUGAACGAGCUGGUGGAUUUGCGCAUGCAACAGCAUAUAGCUCACGAGAUCUAUCGCCAGCAGAUCAUGCAGCGAAUACCAGAUCCCUUUCCGCCCAUGCUGCCCAUCCCAAUGCCACGGCACGUGAUCAUGCCACCCCGAGUAACUUUACCCGGCGUGGAGAUGACCCUUCAAAACGACGAUCUAUGGAAGCAGUUCCAUCAAAUUGGCACGGAAAUGAUCAUCACCAAGAGUGGCAGACGUAUGUUCCCAUCGAUGCGACUGAGUGUUGCUGGCUUGGAAGACGAGACCAACUAUUGUGUACUCCUGGAGAUGGUGCCCAUUGGCGACUGUCGCUACAAGUUCUCUGGCUCCCAGUGGGUUCCAGCAGGAGGAGCUGAGCCCCAGAGUCCACAGCGGAUGUACCUCCAUCCGGAUAGUCCUGCCACCGGUGCCCAUUGGCAGGCUCAGCCCAUACUCUUCAAUAAGGUCAAGCUGACCAAUAACACGUUGGACAACAGCGGCCAUAUCGUCCUGGCCAGCAUGCACAAGUAUCAGCCGCGUCUGCAUGUCAUACGCACCGCUGAUCUGGCGCAGAUUCCCUGGGCCCCACAGCAGGCCUUUGUGUUCGCCGAGACGGAGUUCGUGGCUGUGACAGCCUACCAGAACGAUCGCAUCACCAAGCUGAAGAUCGACAACAAUCCGUUUGCCAAGGGCUUCCGCGAAACGGGACAAUCGCGGUGCAAACGAAAGAUGUCUUCAUCGCCAACUGGCGAGGAUCAAGAUCAAUCGCAAUCCCUAUCCCACCAUUCUCAGUCCCAAUCUGAGUCUGACAUGUCGCCGGCGAAAGGCAGUGAGACAGCAGGAGGAACAUCAACAAUCGGCGAUUCGGAUGGCCCGCAAAUUAAGCGCCUGAGAUCAAAUGGCUCCGCCUGUUCCUUAUCGUCAUCGCUGGACGAUCAGUCGGCGCCUGGCGCCAGUACCUUGGCUUUGGGCUCCCCACCGCCCCAUCUACAUGCACAGCAUCCACAUCACCUCCAGGCAAGGAGUGCCUCCAGCGUUUUUAUGCAGCACUUUCAGCAGAAUAUGCAAAGCCUGCUGAGACCCUCACUCGUGGACUUGGCUUGCACUUACUUUGGUAGACCCCAUGAGUAUGGUGGAACGGUUCAGGCUUCACCUCUCUAUCCUCCGGCAGCUAUUUUACAGGCGGGCAUAGGUCCCCAUCCUGGCCUAAACCUUCCCCCUGGCAUUUCCGGUGCCGAUCUCAUAUCCGAUGAGUCGGGAGCCGAGGAACUCGAACUGGAUGUGGGAAGCGAAACAGCAACAGUGGAGCAAUCCUCCCAGGAACAACCACCGGAACAACCCUCAACAAGGAGCAAGGGCUUCAGCAUAUCGGCCAUCUUGGGCGGAGGAAGUUAGAGAUAUUUUAGUUGUAAAAUAAAAGGGGAAGAAAAUAGUUUUAAGGUCAAGAAUAAGCUCUGGAAAUCAGGAAUAUUUAACAAGACUUUUGUUUGCGGUUUUUUCUUUGAAAUCUUUACUUAAUUUUCUUCUGCAACUGAAGAAUAUGCGAAAGUAGCAUCUCAUAACGAAACUAAACCAAUCUAAUUACACCUGAAUUCUUCAGAUAUUUCUUUCAGAGCUUUGUUCCUGACCUUAGAAGACAUUUAAUCUCACAGAUUGCACUCAUUUUGAUAUUAUACAGAUACCUAGCCUGAUUAGCUCUUAAGUUUAACUAAACAUUAAGCCAUUAAAGUUACACUAAAGUAUAAGAUAUAA